AUGCCCCUCGUCGGGCACGUGCCCGCGGUCGCUCCACUCCGCCCGAAGGAUGCAUCCGAAGUACCAACCCAACACGAGUCCGACAACCGCAAGUACACAAAGCCAACGAUGGCCAACCUCCGCUCGCAAAAGCGCCUCGCCGCGUCCGUCGCCGGCGUCGGCAAACGCAAAAUCUGGCUCGACCCCGCCGAGUCCUCGGAAAUCGCCAACGCCAACUCGCGUGCGGGCGUCAAAAAGCUCAUCAAGGACGGUCGUGUCAUCAUCAAGCCCACCGUCAUCCACUCGCGCGCCCGCACCCAGGCCCUCUUGGCCGCCAAGCGCAAGGGCCGCCAUACCGGUACCGGUAAGCGCCAGGGAACGGCCGAGGCCCGUAUGCCUACCAAGGUCCUUUGGAUGAGGCGCCAGAGGGUGUUGAGGAGGUUGUUGAGGAAGUACAGGGAGGCUGGAAAGAUUGAUAAGCAUUUGUACCACUCGCUCUACCAAAAGUCCAAGGGUAACGUCUUCAAGAACAAGCGUGUCUUGAUGGAGUUUAUCCACAAGGCCAAGGCCGAGAAGACCCGCACCAAGGUCCUCACCGACCAGAUGGAGGCCAGGCGUGUCAAGAACAAGGCCGCCCGCGAACGUCGUGCAGCCCGUGUCGCAGAGAAACGCCAGGGAUUGCUUGCGGUCGAGCACGAAGAGGCCAAGGAGUAA